AUGAGGGUUAUCAAGGGUGCAAUGACAGUGAUGACGACAAGGAGGACUGCAGGAAUCAUUUAUAAGUUGUUAGGGGGCACAGUUAUAGGUGAUGUAGCAUUUGUUAAAACCGAUAAUGAUGCAACUAAAUGGUGGCACAUGCGCUUGGGUCAUCUCAGUGAACUUCGGAUGAUGGAACUAUAUAAGAGGAAUUUGCUUAAGGAUGUUCGUAGUUGCACAAUUGGAUUGUGCAAGUAUUGGAUUCUUAGGAAACAAUGUAGAGUUCAUUUCAAAAUCAGGAAACACAAGACCAAUGGAAUCUUAGAGUAUGUCUAUUCUGAUGUUUGGGACCUAUAA